GUAUAAAAUACUUAAAAAAUGCUGAGACUAAAGAAGUGAUAAUUUAUGGCUUUAAGCUCCAAGUUUUUAAAUAAAAGCAAUAGUAAAUGUUUAAGACGUAAAUAGGUUAUAACUUAGUAAUAUUUAAAAGAUUAUACAUUUUAAUAAAUUAUAUUUUAUGUGCUUAAUAUACAAAAACAUUAUAUUGACCAAAAACCAAUGUACAACUAUUUACAAUAAAUAUUAAUAAUGAAAACAAAGUUAUAUAAUCUGUAAUACUUUACAUAUUACGUUUUAAAAGGUCUCUUUAAUAUUGUUAUGAUUCCUGAAUACACCAAUACCUAAACUUUUACUGCAACAUAGCAAUAUAUAUUUUUUUAGGCUUCAUCAAAAUUUUAUAUUAAAUUCAUGUUAGAAAAUGAGAGAUAUUUCAUUUAAUUUCUAGUUAGUGAAAUUAUAUGUCAACACAAGUAUAUUGACAAGUUGACACAUACCAUAGCCCAGAGGUCGAUACUUAUCAAUACUAAAACAAAAGGUUGCCCCCAUAAGUUUUUUUUUAUAAAAUGAAUAGUAAUAAGGAGAAGAAGUUUCUAAAUCGCACUAGUUGAAGAUCUACAUUGUCAUGCACAAAUUCUUGGGCUUAAUCUGUGUCAAACUUCGGCAAUGCCAAUUCAUUUGAUGACAUAUAUAUAUUAAACAUUAAGUACAAAAAUUAAGAGGCUUGAAACAUGUCGAGGAGACCCUUACUUGUUAUCGCUAUGUUAGUGGUACUAGUAUACUUCUCUUUAAUAGUGUUUAUGUUACGACCUCUUAAUGGAUCGAGAGGUUAUUAUGGUAAUAACUUAAUAAAUCACUUUGGUUUACGGGAAGCGCGGAUUAAUUGGUGUAAGAAUCUGCGUUGGCGUUCACCACCGUCUCCGAACGUAGUUGCUUUAGUUUCAUAUCCAGGGAGCGGUAAUACGUGGUUGAGAUACCUCUUGCAGCAAGCAACAGGUGUUGUAACCGGUUCUAUUUACAUGGACUAUGGCUUACGAAUGCAUGGCUUCCCUGCUGAGAAUGUUACUGAUGGAUCGGUACUCGUUGUUAAGACACACGAGGCUCCUCCUUUAGAGUCUGAUAAAUUUAAAUCGGCAAUUCUACUCAUACGAAACCCUAGGGAUGCUAUUUUGGCUGACUUCAACAGGCUUCAUAAAGGACAUGUAGGAACGGCACCAAAGUCCGCCUUCAAAAAGAAUAAAUAUAAAAAAUCCGACUGGUCUACAUAUGUUUUCCAUCAGUUGUCGGUGUGGAAGACUUUGCACAACCUGUGGCUGACCAAAUUCUCCGGGCCAGUGCAUGUUUUGUUCUACGAGCUGCUCGUCCAAGACACUCGGAACAAUCUUAGCGGAGUUCUAGACUUCAUAAACUUUACUUAUACAGAGAAGGAUAUAAACUGCGCUGUAAUGAAUCGUGAGGGCAUAUACAGACGGAGGAAAAAAUAUCAGGACUUUGAACCGUUCACACAUGAAAUGUACGAGUCCAUCAACCGAGUAUGGAGAUCCGUGUUGGAUAAGGUCACAGAGUACAAAAAGAAACACAAUAUUACACAAAACAAGGACAUUUCAUAUUUAAUAGAUUAAGACAUUAGACGUAAUGACACGAUAUCUCAAUAAGUUGACUCUCAAACCAAAGAUUACAAAGACUUAAUAGAGCUUAAUGUAUCAGUCAUCCAUUGUUAAAUAUUUGUUAUCUAUUCUUAUAAAUAGCUGACUAAUCUAAAUGUUGUCUGCGCGUGUGUGUGUGAAGCUACACGAGCCAGUUUGUAUCAUGUAAUAACUACCUGUCACACUUUAUAACCUCGGAAUGCUAUUUUUAUAUUUCUUGUCAGGUUGUGAUCAACAGUACUUGCUUUUGCAAUGCUGUGACCAUUUCUCUUGAUGUGGUUUUGAUAACUAGAUUACUAACCACCUCAUACAUUGCUCAAUUACUCAACUCGACACUUGAUUAUCAACUUUAGUAAACAACGACUAUCUAUAGUGUACACCUGGCCUAAACUUAGAUAACAUUUUAAACUAAUUAGAUUUGAUGUUGGUGUUGAUAUUCUGUUAAUGUGUAACCCAAACCGCAGGCUUGGUAGCUGUUGUUGAUUCAUGAUUAACUAUUAAGUAUUUAACUGUAAGUCAUUUGUAUCAUUUUUAUUGACAUUAGUGAUGUAGCGUGUAGUGUUCAGACCUUUGUUUGAUCGUACUUACUUCAGUAUAAGGCCUAAUUAAAUGAGUGUUUUUGUUGAUCACAAGUUCCUACAAGCCGUAAGUAUAAGUAUUUAGUUUUUAUUUC